AUGAGUGAGAGGUGCACGGGGGAAGCCGACAUCGUAUUUCUUGUGCAUUCCUCAAACAGUCUGGGGAACAGUGGAUUUCGACAAGAGCUGAAUUUCGUGCAGCAGCUUAUAGUAGGCUUCGAUAUAUCCCCUGAUUUGGUGAGGGUUGGGCUGGUGACAUUUUCAUCUUCCUCUGAACUACGGUUCCCGUUAAACAGAUACCAAGAUGUCCAAGGGCUACUUAAAGCAGUCAAGGCAGUACCUUUCAAGAAAGGCAAUACAGCAACGCACAUGGCUUUCUUACGAACCAGGGCCCAGGUAUUCCAGCGAGGCUCGGGAGAUAGACAGAACGUCACCAACGUUAUUGUCCUUUUGACCGGUGAGCAAUCCAGAUUUCCAGACAGAACUUUGACGGGUGCUCGCCAACUUAAGAAUGACGGUGCAAUCAUCUAUACCGUCGGAAUCGGCGAUAAACUGGAUAAACAGGAACUGUCAGCAAUCGCUUCUGAUAAGGACACACUCUUUACGGUGGACAGUUCAAGCCAGCUACUUGAACUUAGAAACAAACUUCUGGCUGCCAUCUGUACCAGCAAAGAGACACCAGGACUAAGUUUAGCUAUACCAGGGCAAGCUACAGUUGGCCCGGGAACAACAACAGCUUACGUGUGA